AUGGCUUUCCGCGAGGUCUUGGCUUGGCACGAGCAGCACCGCCGCAUGCCGUUGCGCACCCAUGACGGGAUUGAAGAUGAGCUCGCGCAGAAGUGGCGCAGGUGGAGAACUUCCGCGCGGCUGACGCCGGCUGCGCGGGGCCUGAAGAUGCGCGUCGAAACGCUGGCGGCGCAGUCGGAGGCAGCGCGGCAGGAUGACCGUCGCGCUGCGCGCGCAGAGCACGCGCUGCUGAUGCUGCACCAGCAUUGGUGCGAGGGGAACGACGAGCUGCGCGCCCUGGCGACCGCCUGCGCGCGCGGAGUGCCGCCGAGCUUGGCGGAGGGCGACGGCGGCGAUGCGCGCGCGCGCCUCCGCGUGGACCGCUGGUCGCCGCACGCCCUCGUGGAAGCGUUCAUUGCGAAGCACCGCUUCGAGUGCAAGCUUGGGAGGUGCGCGGGCGCGAGCGGGGCGCUGGUGGACAUGAUACAAGACGCGCCAAGUCUUCACAGUCUGUUCCAUUUCAUCUCGUCCAACGGCGAGGAGGAGGUGGCGAUGCGUCUCCCGCAUUUCGUUGACGGGGCAGACGACGGCGACGACGCCAUAUCUCCUCAGGAGUUCAUGAGCGUCGUCCAGGGCACGCAGGAACUCAACAUGCGAGAGCUGAUAAGUCGCGGCACCUCCAUGAGGACACUGGCAACCAGGCCGGAGGUGCUGGCCGUCUACGUGGAUCCGAGAUGGAGGCGUGGCGACACGUUGUUCUACAUGAGCGGCAUCGGCAUUCUCCCCGACUGGGGUGACGUGCCCGAGGUGGCUCUGCAGGUGGGCGGGGAAGAUGUCGUGUACCGUCUGCGCUCUUACGUCCAGUACAAGUUGCCCGAAGAAAAAAGCAUUGCCCCUGCUGGCCUCCUGACAGACCCCGAGGGCCACUACGUGGCCCACUUCGAGGAAGGCGACGAGUGGUACACUGCCGACGACCUGGGCGAUCGCCCGCGCGUGGCCCAGCGGCCGCCCGGCACCCGGCAUGCGAUGCCCGUGCUGGUCUUCAUUGAGCCGGUGGACUCCAGGGCGGCCCGCGCCGCGGAGUGCCCGUGGCCGCCCGGGCAGAUCGUUGACAGCGCAGGGGGCGCGGGCGACGACGGUGGCGUGAGCGCGGACGGCGAGGACUGCCCCCGCCUCGACGGGGAGUGCGAUGGGGAGGGCGGGGCCCGCGACGCCAGCUUGUCGGGCGCGCGGAAGCGGCCCGCGGCGUUUGCGAAGAGCGGCGCCCCUCCCAAGAAGCGGCUCCGCCUCCGAGGGGAGCAGGGCGCGGCUGGGCGGCAGCAGAGCCGCGCCGGGAGGCAGCAGGGCCGCGCUGGGAGGCAGCAGGAGAGGCAGCAGAGCCGCGCUGGGAGGCAGCAGAGCCGAAACCAGGCAGGGAGGCAGCAGGGCCGGGACGGUCGGCAGGGCCAGAAGCGCGGUUGCAGGCCGGAGGAGGUGCUGCGGCAGGGGCGGAAGCCGAAGAGCAAAGGCGACAAUGCCGACGGCUCCAGGCAGGACGCCCAGAACAAUUCCGCCGCCCCUGUCCUGCGCAGCAGCAGGGGGGCGAAGAGCUUGCAGGCGGCCUGCGACGCGCGCCGGGAGUGCGGCGACCUCUUCCUGCUCUUGCACUUGCUGGAGCCGCUGGCCGCUGCCGAUGACCUGCUGAAGCACUACCUGGACUUCUUCGUCUACGCCGGCGACGACUGCGCCAACCGAUGGGCGACGUUCCUGCGCGCCCCCGAUCGGCCGGACAAGUUGGCUGGCAGGCCGCGGGAGGCGCUCGGGGUGACGGAGGGCGAGAUUUCCGACGCCAAGCGCCGACUGGAGAGCGGGGAGUGGCACAUGCACCACGUAGCGGAGCUCCUGGACGAGCGUCUGAACUCCGCCCACAGCGCCCACUCCGUGGCGGCCGCGGUCCGCUUGGCGGUGGGCGACGGGCCGGGCGCGCAGGGCGACGGCAACCCGUUGAGGGUGCACCUGGCAGAGGCGUGGCAGCGCAGACCCUGCAACCGCGGCCCGCGACGGCACUCGGCCAUGCCCGCGCGCCUUCGGGAUCGCUCUGAGUGGUUCCAGUGCCCCGCGCCUGCGCUGCAUUAUGCCUGCCGCAUGUGCGAGGCCGAGUUCCCCAACAGGGGGGCUUUCAAGGCGCGCCAGGGCAGAAUCCACGGGGGGCAGCGGUGGUGCCAGUCGCAGUAUGUGGCGCGGUGCGAGCUGGAACCCUACCAGCCGUCGCCGACCGAGGAGCGCCAGGUGGUUGCCAGGUUCCACAUUUCCCAAUGCUGCGCCACCGUCGACCCCGCGGACGAGCCGUUCGCCCCGAAGCCCGAACCGGAGGUGCAGCAGCAGCUGCUCCACGCGGAGAUCGUCGGCAGGAUCAUCGGCAAGAUCGGGCAGGGGGGGCCCGCGGAGAAGCAGGCGGCCAUCGCGGCGGAGUCAGCAGCCCGCGCUUUGACGGCGUGUCAGGCAAGGGGGCCCCGCGCUUUCAAGGCAUGCGUCUGCUGCGCCAUGCAGCAGUGGUCCGAGAACCUCCACUCGGAGUACCUCGUCGGCGACAAGUGCACCAUCAAGGACCGGGCCCAGUUCGCGGACUGCCUGUCGGGCUCGCCGACGUCCACGAAGAUACUCUUGCACAAGAGGCGCGUGCCACCAGAAGCGCUCGAAGGAAAGGUGCCAGUGAAAGUGUGCGAGGAUUGUCGGAGAGACCUGUGGUCUGAUCACCCCAAGGUGCCGCUGAUGGCGCUGGUGAACGACCUCUGGUUGGGCCGCCACCGCCCGCUGCUCAGGAAGGCCGCUCUCGCGCGCCAGAUGCUGCUCGCGCUCGGCCGCGUCGUGCCUACGAAGAUCUACCUUUCCAGCUGGGGCGCCGACAAGGCCGUCCGGCAGGAGCAGCAGUCGUGGAGGCAGAAGUUCUUGCAGUGCGCCAUGCAGGGCACCGCCAUCGUGUUCGGGAACGGGAACGUGGACCACGCGACGCGGAGCUUCCCGCCGGAGCCCGACAUGCUCAGGGACACGUUCGUGGCCGUCUUCGCGGGCGCCGACGACGACGAGGAGGGCAUCCCCCUGACCGAGGAGCAGAAGCAAGAGAGGGCCUUGAGAGCCAUGAGGGAGGAGGUGGCGCUGCACGUCGACAAGGCGGAGUACGACGCCCAGGCGCGGUGGUUGAAGCAGCACAACUACGUGUACCAUGACCCGGGCGUGCAGUGCCGAUCGGACCUCGUGGACCGGUUCCCCCCGCAGCCGGACGUGCCCGACUUCAUGCUGGCCUGCGCGAAGUAUGUCCCCACGGACGCGGCGUUGGACGACGUCGCGCAGGCGCAGGGGCCCGCCUCGGCCACCACUGGCGCGCAGGCAGAGAUGAGCGCGGCCGCCGAGGACGCGCAGGAGCUGACCAAGUGGCUGUCCGUCCUUGAGGACCACAUGGGCGACGUCAGCGAGCUCACGUCCCUGCCGGCGCUCCAGGGCAUACUCGAGAGGAUGGAGAGUCAGGCGGGGCGCGCUGUGGCCGACGAGCUGAUGUCCAGGCUCGAGGACCAGGGAGGCGAGGAUAGGGCGCUGCAGCUGGGCGAGAUCGGGCGUCACCGCCUGCGGGACCUCUGCCAGGAGUUCCACGCGCGCUGUCGGGAGAUCUCCCCGGGGGAGGACAUGGCGAAGCUGCGCUGGCGCGUCCAGGCGCUGGAGACGAACAACUGCCAGGCGGAGGAGGGCGCGGGCGACCCGGCGCGACCUGCAGGAGUCGCGGGGACUCCCGCCGAGGACGACCCGCGCUCCUCGCAGGGACCGCCCGGCCCCGACGGCCAGCGAAAGGCGAAGCUUCGGGUGCCAACUUCGAGGAAGGCGGAGAGCUGGUGGAAUCCGAAGUACUGGUCCAUUGCCAGGCCCACGGACUUCUGCUACGGGGGCUGCGCCUGGGGCCUCGGCCAGCCCCCCCCGGACGGAGACGAGGGCCCGCAGAGGCAGAAGGAGGGUCGGCUCUGCUUCAGCGUGGCGCACUUCAUCAAGAAUCUUCUCACGCGGGAGGAGAUGGAGUACGACGUGCCCGCCGACGAGGAGAAGUACGUGGCCAGGCCCAUCAGUCGUUUCCGGAGCUGCUGGUACGACGUGCACCUGCUGUGUUCCUUCUGGAGAGUCACGGAGACGACCGACAGCACCUGCACCUUCAUGAAGACGCCCGGGGCCACGCUGCACGGCAUCCUCAAGGACAAGGACACCCCGAACGAGGUGCGCAAGGCCUUCGCCACCCUUGGCCAGGCCACCGCCAGUCAAGUCGGGUCCGACGGACACAGGCGGGAGCUGCGUGGAGAGGGCGAAGCGUAUACCCUGCGCUUCGGCCCGCCCGUCCAGUUCGUCACCCCGAAUCUGGCAGACACCAAGCAGCCCCUGAUCCUCAUCGUGCAGGGGGAGGAGUACACCUUCGGCAACGACCUGACCGAGGCGGAGCAAGUCACGUUCAGCGAGAUGUCGCAGCGCAUCGCCGCGGACCCCGUGGGCCAGGCCGUGGUGUUCGAGCUGAUGAUGAGGCUGUUCUUCGUCCACGUCCUCGGCCUUCGCCCGGAGACCGUCGGGUGGCGGCGAGGAGAAGUUCGAAAGGCGUCGGAACACUGGAUAUCCGACGGCGUGGCGGCCGACCUCAUGGGCGUGCCCACGGUGUUCGGCCCCCUGGCGGCGGCCUUCGGUCCGGUCGAGGCUCAGGGCCGCGGCUCGCUGCACCCGCACAUCCUCAUCUGGCUGCUGCAGGGUCAGCUGCGCGUGCUCUUGGACAUGCUGCAGCGCGACGAGGCGCGCUUCCAGGAGCGCUUGAACCUGUGGAUGCGGCAGGUGGUGCAGGCCGUGGUCGCCACCCAGCAGAGCGCCGUGGAGCUGCUGCCCCUGCAGCUGCAGGGGGGCGAGAACAAGUGCGGGGUCGCGGUGCCGCCGCUGCCGUUCGGGCCCAACGAGAAGCGGUACUUCAGAGCCGACGGGGGCGCGGAGAUGGCGACUGCAGAGCAGCUCGGGGCCGAAGGCGAGACGGGGCCGCAGGAGCUUUGGUUCUACGAGCCCAAGGUAGACGACUACCACAGGGCGAUUCGCCCCGAUCUGCCGCUGCGCAACAACGACGGCGAGGCCGUGGACGGCGAUGCGGCGUGGACAGAGCAGAGGGCCGCGGAGAACAAGGGGUACUGGCGGCGGCCGCUCUCCAGCAGCGCCUCCGGCAUCUUCCCGAAGUGCCGCGGCGGGGGCACUCUGGCGGAGUCUCCCCCGAGCGACGAGUGGAUUCGCGGGAUGUGCCGCGACGCGCGCGAGCUCGUCAUCGGCUGCGGCAUCCACGUCUGCAGCCCCUCCUGCUACAAGUACCAUUCCGACAAGACGCGCGGCUCGCAGAUCUGCCGCCACAACUUCUACAACCUGGUGACGCUGUGCACGUGGCCCGAGGGUGGGGACUCCCAAGAGUGCCUGCUCCGCACGCGCGGGAAGGCCCUGGGCGGCUGCAUCGGCAUCUUCCGGGAGGCGGACUACGGCAUGGCCGGGCGCAUCGCCACCUUCCAGCUCCACCCCGGUGAGACCUCGACGAAGUACGCGGCGGUCGUCUCGGCGCGGUGCAACGUGGACGUGCAGGACAUGAGACGGGUGCUGCCCCCGCGUCUGUGGAUGGACGCGUCGGAGCUGGAACCGCCGGCGAACGAGGAGGACCGCAAUAGCUACAACCAUGGCCUCUACCCUCAGCGCUGCGCCGACUUCGCGGUGGGCGCCCGGGAGGACUGGGGAUUGUUCCAGCAUCUGAACACCACGUCCGCGGAGAAGUGGGGCCUCGUCGUAGUCACCGACUGGCACGAGAUCUUCAGGGAGCUCGCGAACCGCGACAGCCCCGCCGUGGACGGUGGCGACGCUGCGCGCGCCGAUCUCCAACGCGACCUGGAGCGGCACGCGCUGGCCACCUUCGUGGACGCCCACAACGCGAGCUACUACGUGAACUCGUACACCACGAAGGUGCACCCGAGCAUGGACGACGUGCUCUGCAAGCUCCUCGACGGCGUGCGCCGCCUGAAGAGCCAGUGGGGCGACAGGGGGGCGCGGGCCGCGGGCGGCGCCAGCGACGAGGCCCAGUCGACCGCCGCGGGAAAGCGCAAGGAGGAUUUCAAGCGCACGCUGCAGGUGCUGGCCCGCUUCGAGACCUGCUUCCGCAGGGCCUCCUGGAAGAGCGGCAGCGAGAUGGUCUUCCCCAUGCUCUUCGGGCACCUCUCCUUCAUGACGCACCGUUGCUGGAAGGUGUUCAUGCGGAAGUCCAUUUACCUCGCCGCGGAGUCCUGGCGCAGGCGGCAUGGCCAGGCCGACGCCGCGGAAAGCGCACCCGCCGCCUCGAUCACGUACGCGGUCCCUGGCAUUGGACAGCAGGUCGCGAUGCCAGGGUGGCGCGAGGUGCAGCGCGAGGGCGAGCCGGUGUGCGUCAGCCCCGACGGCGAGGAGUUCGACACGAUCGAGUACGCGCACCAGGCGUUCCAGAUCGCGAGCGCCAGCGGCAGCUCGCUGCGCGACGUGACGAAGGCGCUGAACAAGUUGCGGGAAGGCGAGGCCGAAGAGGCGCCCGAGGCACCGGGGCCGACUGUCGAGGGCCUCGCGCAGGGCAAGUUCAGGGGCGCAGUGCUGAGCCAGCACGACGACUGGAUGCACCGCGGAGACCACCCUAUUGUCCGAGACAUGAGCUUGUACGUCUACAGCAUCUGGGUGUACCGCGUGGAACUGCCGCUGCAUGCCCUUCCGGCCGGGGAGCUGGAUCCCGAGGGCAGCGGGGGUCGCACCCUGCACGUCGACAUCGCCUUCGACUCGUCCUACUCAGCGGCGCGGAACUGGACGCAGAGGCUGGCCGUCGAGCCGCGCAUCCCGAAGGCCGAAGGCUUCCAGUUCGUGAGCGCGGAGUCGAACGUGGAGACGCACUACCUCAUGAAGUCGGUGCUGCUCCGGCCAGUGCACCUGCCGGGCGCCGACGGCCCCAACGACACGAAGGAGCUGCGCUACCUCCGCGCGUGCGAGCACCUGUGCGCGGCGCCGGGGGGCGAGCCG